AUGUGUUCCUCUGCUUUCUGUUCCCAGGUGGCUCACACAAUUCUCAAGGCUCAUGCCAAGGUCUGGCACCUGUAUAAUGACAAAUAUCGUUCUCAGCAACUGGGGAAGGUGGGGCUGGUGCUGAACUCAGACUGGGCUGAACCCAAGACUCCAACCAGCUCUGAGGAUGUGAGGGCAUCUGAGAGGUACCUGCAGUUCAUGCUUGGCUGGUUUGCUCACCCCAUAUUCGUUAAUGGUGAUUACCCAGACAUCCUGAAGGCUCAGAUCCAGGAAGUGAACCUGCAGUGCUCCACCAGAGUUGCAGAGCUGCCUCAGUUUACAGAGGAGGAGAAAUCCUGGGUGAGAGGGACUGCAGAUUUUUUUGGUCUUUCCCAUUACACCUCCCGCCUGGUCAGUGCUGUGACGAAUGGGACCUGCACACCAGGCUAUGAGAGCAUCGGCAACUUCUCCCUGCAUGUGGACCCUUCCUGGCCACAGGCUGCCUCUUCUUGGAUCCACGUGGUUCCUUGGGGACUAAGAAGGCUGCUGAAGUUUGUAUCCCAGGAAUACACAGGGACAAAGAUCCCAAUAUACGUGGCAGGGAAUGGAGUGCCCACGGAGGACGUGGGGGACGCUGUUAAUGACACUCUGCGCGUGGAGUAUUUCCGCCGGUACAUCAAUGAGGCUUUAAAAGCUGUGAAACUGGACGCGGUUGAUGUUCGCUCGUACAUCGCUCGAUCCCUCGUUGAUGGCUUUGAAGGCCCAGUGGGCUACAGCCUAAAGUUUGGGCUGCAUCAUGUGAGCUUUGAAGACAGCAACAGACCAAGGACCCCCAAGGCAUCUGCUUAUUUCUAUUCCAGUGUUAUUGAAAAAAAUGGUUUUCCACCCAAAGCCUUGAACAGACUUUCUACACCGGUGGUGUUUGACCGACCUAUGCCAUCAAAGUUGCCCAAUUUACCAGCAUCAGAAGUUCCCUCCAAAGCAAAGGUUGUCUGGCAGAAGUUUUCAUCUCAGUCUGACUUUGAAAGAGACAUGUACUUUUAUGGGACAUUUCCAGAGGACUUUACAUGGGGUGUGUCAUCUUCUGCCUACCAGGUAGAGGGAGGUUGGGAUGCUGAUGGGAAAGGACCCAGCAUUUGGGACGUCUUCACUCAUGUCCCAGGGAAUAUAAAGAAUAAUGAUAAUGGAGAUGUAGCUUGUGAUAGCUACAACAAGGUGGAGGAAGAUAUUUACCUGCUGAGAGCCUUAGGGGUAAAGAACUAUCGUUUCUCUCUGUCCUGGCCUCGAAUUUUCCCCACUGGAAGGAACAACUCAAUCAACAGCCAUGGAGUUGACUACUAUAACCGUCUCAUUGAUGGACUGGUGGCAAACAACAUCACUCCAAUCGUCACUCUCCACCACUGGGACCUGCCACAAGCUCUCCAGGACAUUGGUGGCUGGGAGAGCAACGCACUGAUUGACCUGUUUGACAGUUUUGCAGACUUCUGUUUCCAGACCUUUGGGGACAGGGUGAAGUUCUGGAUUACAUUCAACGAACCCCAAGUCAUUGCCUGGGUGGGCUACGGCCUUGGGAUUUUCCCACCCAAUGUCAAAGACCCUGGCAGUGCCCCCUACAAGGUUGCCCACAUCUUGCUGAAAGCUCAUGCCAAGGUCUACCACACCUAUGACGACAAGUACAGAGCGAGUCAGGGAGGGAUCAUUGCCCUGUGCCCCAACAUUGACUGGGCUGAGCCAAAGACCCCAAGUGACGCCAGGGACAUCGAAGCUGCAGACAGGUACCUGCAGUUCGUGGUGGGGUGGUUUGCACACCCCAUUUUCAAAAAUGGGGACUACCCCGAGGUGAUGAAGUGGAAGGUCGGGAACAGGAGUGAGCUCCAGGACCUGCCGUCGUCUCGCCUGCCGGUGUUCACCGCGGAGGAGCGGGAGUACAUCAGGGGCACAGCAGAUGUCUUCUGCUUCAACACCUACAGCUCCAAAAUCGUAACCCACUCAACGACCCGGCUCAAGCCCUUCUCUUAUGAGUAUGACCAGGAGGUUUUGACAAAGGUUGACAGCUCCUGGCCUUCCUCAGCUGUUAGUGACCAUCGGGCUGUGGCCUGGGGGCUGAGGAGGCUACUGAACUGGAUCAAAGAGGAAUAUGGAAAUCCCCCAAUAUACAUCAUUGAGAAUGGAGUAGGGAUAAAGACCAAAUCGGAUGUUGAUGACAACGCCAGGAUAUUCUACUACAAAACAUACAUUGAUGAAGCUUUAAAAGCUUACAAGUUAGAUGGUGUUAAUCUGAAAGGAUACAACGCUUGGUCUUUGAUGGAUGACUUUGAAUGGUUGGAGGGUUAUGACCCAAGAUUUGGAUUGCACCAGGUUGAUUUUGACAAUCCCAACAGGCCAAGAACCCCAAAGCGCUCUGCCGUGUACUACGCAGAAAUCAUCCGCAGUAACGGGAUCCCACUGCCCAAGGAAGAUGAGUUCUUAUAUGGAGAGUUUCCAGAGAACUUUAGGUGGAGUGUGGCAACUGCAGCAUAUCAGAUUGAGGGAGGAUGGAGAGCAGAUGGGAAAGGACUUAGUAUUUGGGACAAAUAUGCUCACACUCCCUUGAGAAUCGGCAACGAUGACACUGGAGAUGUAGCUUGUGACAGCUACCACAGGAUUGAAGAGGAUGUGGAGAUGCUGAAAAACCUCAAGGUGUCUCACUAUCGCUUUUCCAUCUCCUGGCCCCGUGUUCUCCCUGAUGGGACCACCAGGUACAUCAAUGAAAAGGGACUGAACUACUACGAAAGGCUUAUCGAUGCUCUUCUGGCAGCUAACAUUGAGCCUCAGGUCACUCUCUAUCACUGGGACCUCCCACAGGCACUGCAGGAUGUUGGUGGGUGGGAGAAUGAUACUAUAGUUCAGAGGUUUAAGGAAUACGCUGAGCUCAUUUUCCAGAGACUGGGAGAUAAAGUGAAAUUUUGGAUAACCCUCAAUGAGCCCUACAACACUGCAUAUCUUGGUUAUGGUGUUGGCACAGCUGCUCCAGGUGUCUCCACCCGGCCGGGCCGAGCUCCCUACGUGGUGGGACACAACUUAAUCAAGGCCCACGCAGAGGUUUGGCACCUCUACAAUGAGACCUACCGGGCAAAACAAGGAGGGUUGAUCUCCAUCACCAUCAACUCUGACUGGGCAGAACCACGGAACCCACACAGCCAGGAGGACAUCGACGCUGCCAGGAGAUUCCUGCAGUUUUUCCUAGGUUGGUUUGCUCAUCCCAUUUUCAAGAAUGGUGAUUAUAACGAAGUGAUGAAGAGGAGGAUUCGGGAACGGAGCCUGGCUCAGGGGCUGAGCCAGUCCCGGCUUCCAGAAUUUACUGAGAGUGAAAAACAAAGAAUUAAAGGCACUUAUGACUACUUUGGACUAAAUCAUUACACCACAGUUUUAGCAUACAACUUCAACUUUCCCAAGGGCGUUCAGUCAUAUGACUCUGAUAGGGGUGUCGCGUCGGUGACCGACCGCAGCUGGCUGGACUCUGGGUCUGCAUGGCUGAAGGUGACACCCUUUGGAUUCCGAAAGAUCCUGAGGUGGAUAAAGGAAGAGUACAACAACCCUCCCAUUUAUGUGACUGAAAAUGGCAUCUCAGAAAGGGGAGACUUUAACUUCAACGACACUCGGCGAAUGCAUUACUAUCGCACCUACGUCAACGAGGCCCUGAAGGCUGUUGUGCUCGACGGCGUCGACUUACGAGGCUACACCGCGUGGACACUGAUGGACAACUUGGAGUGGGCAGCAGGCUUAGCUGAGAAGUUUGGGUUCUACCACGUGAAUUUCACAGCCCCCGACCUGCCACGGCGCCCCAAGGCCUCUGCCAGGUACUACUCACAGAUCAUAACCUGCAACGGGUUCCCAGACCCAGCAACGGGCCCACACCCCUGUCUGGAACCGGAGCCGGAAGUGACUCCGACGGACACCGCACCGGGAGCAGCUGACAGUGUGCACUUCCUGGGACUGGAUUUGACAUCCCAGAGUGCAGAAACAGCACUUUAUGUACUUUUUGCCCUCUCAGGAGUUGGAGCAUUGGCCUUGGCUCUUUUUGCAUACAAAUAUGGAAAAUUAUCCAAAAGAUCCCAUAAACAAGCAAACAUGGAACUUACUAGUAAACUGUAA